AUGAACUUAACAGAGUUCUUGCUGACGGGAUUCUCUGAUGACCCUGUGCUCCAAAAGGUGCAUGCCAUGCCCUUCUCCCUGAUUUACCUGACAGCCCUGACAGGGAACCUCCUCAUCAUUGCCCUCACCACUGCUGACCAGCAUCUCCAAUCUCCCUUGUACUUCUUCCUGAAGAACUUGUCCUUCAUAGAUAUCUGCUACAUCUCAAUCACUGUCCCUAAAUCCAUCAAGAACUCUCUGACCAGCAUUUAUUCUAUACCCUUCCUGGGUUGUGCCUUGCAGGUUUUCUUCCUGAUUGUCCUUGCUGGCACAGAGUAUGCCCUCCUUCUAGUGAUGCCCUAUGACUGUUAUGCUGCCAUCUGCCACCCACUGCAUUAUGAGGUUCUCAUGAACAGGGACACCUGUGUGCAGAUGUUGAUGGCCUCCUGGCUUGGAGGGUGCAUCUAUGGAGCCCUGCACAUGGCAGUGAACCCUGUUUUCUACAGCCUGAGAAACCGGGAGCUGCAGGCUGCCUUGAGGAAUCCCAUGGACCAGCAAGCCAUCUGCAACUUCAAGGAGCCAUACACGAAGAUGCUCUUCACCAGGUGUCUUAAUGUCACUGAAGAGACAUCCUUGACUCUGAAAGUGUUCUGGAAGAAGCACUUCAAUGUCCUCCACUGCAUGAACUUCAUUGACAAAGUCUGA